ACACGGCACGACACGAUCGUGGUUGGUGUUGGUUACACGCGCCUAUAUCGCCGGUUCGGCCGCACGUCCGCCUCCUCCUCUCCUCCCCUCUUCUCACUCAGCUCACCAGUGCUCGCUCACCUUUCCCCUCCCUUUCCUUUCCUUUGCUUUCCUAUCCUUGUGCCCUCGAACUCGAAUCGGAAACCCAGCCAGCCAUGUCGUACUACGGCGACCGGCGCGCGGAGUCGUCGAUCGUGGAGGCGUUCACGCUGUCGCCGCUGCCGUACCCGGUGAUCCUGGUGCUGCUGAUGGUGACGCUGCUGCUGGGCGCCUCGUGGUUCUUCACGUACGACGACUUCAUCGAGGAGGCGUCGCAGCAGCUGAGCUGGGCGCUGCUGGGCGUGCCCAUCGCGCUCGUCCUCCUCAUCCGCUGGAUCUCCUCCGUCGACUCCUUCGAGGGCUACCUGGGCUUCUACCCGAGGGAGAGCCGCUGGAAGGGCCGCUACGAGCGGGGCCCCGCCGAGGGCAGCUCGCCCUGGGGCGUCGCCUUGCUCGUCCUCCUCCUCCUCGUGCUCGCCAGCUUCCACUCCACCAUCCACGACAUGUGGGGGCCGUGAACGGCCGGAUGUGGGUCCUGCUCCUGUUCGAUUCCACGCGCGCACGUAUGCGAUUGUACUGCUGGUUGCUGCUUGAUCGAUCGAUGGAUCGAUGAUUCCAUGUACAUAUUUGAUAGGGGGAUGCUGCUGCUAGGCUAUUAGCUGCAGGCUAUAGAGUUUGAGGGUGAUAUACUUAUCAGUUUGCUGCCUGUAAGACUGGUUUUGGUUUUGCUAUAAUCGUGAUGUAUUCAGAUGUACAGU